CCCUUUCUAAACAUCCUACCGCCUACACGAUGCCGCCCGAAACGGAACCUCCCCCCAAAAAACAGAAAAUUGCUGCCUCCGAACCCCCUAAGCGGAAACCCCCCCAACGUAUCAAUCUACGUCCUCCACUCACGGAAGAAGUAUUAAAGGCACAAAAACCCCAAAUCGACACCCUAUUAAAGCUACUGCGCAAGAAGAAGAAGAUAGUUGUCAUUGCUGGCGCUGGUAUCUCUGUUGGGGCCGGAAGUAAGUCUGUUCCUGCGAAAAUCACCCAGCCCCGGCCCUCGCUUCCGCCCUUUUUUUGGUGUGGUUUUUCAAUGCCUCUCUGUAUCCACACUGGAUGUUCGCCUCGACGCUGACUCAGCUUGGUUACACAGUUCCCGAUUUCCGCUCCUCCGGGGGACUAUUUUCUUCCCUUAGAAAUGACAUGAAGCUGAAGACCUCUGGCAAAGAGCUAUUCGACGCUUCCGUUUACAAAGAUGAUCAACUUACAUCCUCGUUCCACGAAAUGGUCAGGAAUUUGCACUCGAUGACCACCCAGGCCACUCCCACUCUCUUUCACCACCUUUUGGCUACGUUGGCAACACAAGGUAGACUCCUCAGACUCUACUCGCAAAACGUCGACUGCAUCGACACACAAUUAGAGCCCCUGAAGACCGCUGUGCCACUUGGCAAUAAAGGGCCGUGGCCCAGGACAAUCCAAUUGCAUGGAGGGUUAGAGAAGAUGGUGUGUUCAAAGUGUGGGUGGUUAGCGGAAUUUGAGGCGUCGCUUUUCAGGGGUUCGGAGCCCCCAGAUUGCUCCGAGUGCCUUGAGAUGGAUUGUGUGAGGGGCAUAGCCGGCAAGCGAGCUCUUGGAGUCGGUAAACUACGCCCCAGAAUAGUUCUCUACAAUGAAUUCAACCCGGAUGCGGAAGCGAUUGGCGCGGUCACCAAGGCCGACCUCAAGUCCCGUCCCGAUUGUCUUAUUGUUGUCGGAACGAGUCUCAAGGUCCCUGGUGUUCGGAGAAUUGUCCGUGAAAUGUGCGGAGUUGUUCAGGAUUUCCGUGGAGGAAUGACCGUCUGGAUUAACGAGGACGCACCCCCAGUGGGAAGAGACUUUGAAGGGGUCUUUGACUUGAUUGUUGGUGGGGAUUGUGAAAGGGUUGCGAAGAUGGCGAGCUUUCCAAGGUGGGAUGGGAGUGAACCGCAAACGGAGGUCGAGACGGAUAGCGAUAGCUGUGGUUCCUUCAUUGAGCUUGAUCCCGACGAACCUCCUAGGGAUAGCAGUUCGGUGGAGGUCCAUGUUCCUCAACUUCUUAGUCCUUCAAUUAGUCCCCAUCCCAAGAUCUCCAAACCAACGAAGAGCGUGAAGAAACGACCGGCAUCAGAGACGACUGCGGAACCCGCAGCGAAAAAAUCGAAAGCGAGGGCAAAACCUACACCCAAGGCGACAGCCACGAAGUCGAAGGCCAAGGUAGAUGCUCAGAAACCUGGGCCUAUUGCGACUGCUUUUAAAGUUGUGAAGAAAGUGGCAGCUAAACCGACCAAGGCCCAAGCUAGGUCACCAAAAGCGAAACCCCCGGCGGCAAAGACAACAACACUAGCAAAAGCUAGAAAGCCCACCGUGGCAGCAGUAGCAAAGGCGGCGGCAGCAGUUCUCGCAUCUCAGAAUGCCCCCGUUACCGGUUUUGUAGAUAUGGCCAAAGCUGCUGAGGUCCCUGAUCCAACGCAAGUGGUCCUCCCCCUUACUCCUCCUGCACCCUCGACUCCGAUUCCCGAGCAAUCCAUCGCUUUCGAUCGACCUUCUCCGACUAUCACUAUCGCGAGCCUACUCAACUGA